CGGUACUCAGAAGGGUUUUGAUUAGUGCACACACAUGGAACUAAGAAGUGCAAGCAAUACCAUCCAUAUCAUGAAUGGAUAGGGGGACACGUGAGAGGCUAUCAUACAUACAAAAGCAAAUGGAAUACAGUCUGUUAACAGACUACCCACUCACUACAAUACUCUACAUUCCCCAGUCCCCACUAUACAAGUGCACACUACUAUAUAUAUACACAUAUAUACACACACUCUUCCACUAAACCAUCCAAAACCCUAACUUGUUUCACCAAGCAUCCAUUACCAUGACCACCUCACUCUCUCCUCUGUUAACCCUACUCUUCUUCUCGCUAGCCCAAGGGCUCAACCCCAAGUGUGACAAACCAGACCGUGGCUCAACCCUCCAAGUGCUCCAUGUCCACAGCCCUUGCUCCCCAUUCCGGCCGUCAACGCCGCUCUCAUGGGAAGAGAGUGUGCUUCAAAUGGAGUCAAAGGACCAAUGGAGGCUGCAAUACUUGUCGAGCCUCGUGGCCAAGAAGUCGGUGGUGCCGAUAGCUUCAGGCCGGUCGAUUCUGCAGAGCCCGACGUACAUUGUGAGGGCUAAGAUUGGGACACCAGCUCAAACCAUGCUCAUGGCUGUGGAUACUAGCAAUGAUGCCGCUUGGAUACCUUGCACCGGGUGCGUAGGGUGCUCCUCUACCGUGUUUGAUUCGACUAGUUCUACCACUUUCAUUACCCUUGGUUGUGAUGCUGCUCAGUGCAAACAGGUACCCAACCCCACAUGUGGAGGCAGUGUAUGCAACUUCAACAUGACAUAUGGUGGCUCAACCAUAGCAGCAAAACUGUCUCAGGACACCAUGACCCUUGCCACGGACGCCAUCCCUGGAUAUGCCUUUGGUUGCAUCCAAACAGCCACCGGCAGUUCCGUGCCGCCGCAGGGACUUUUGGGCCUGGGUAGGGGCCCAAUGUCACUAUUAUCCCAGACCCAAAGUCUCUAUAUGUCCACAUUCUCCUACUGUUUGCCCAGUUACAAGGCCCUAAACUUUUCUGGGUCCCUUCGGCUAGGGCCCGUUGGGCAGCCCAAGACGAUCAAGUAUACCCAGUUGUUGAGUAGCCCUAGAAGACCAUCCCUUUACUAUGUCAACAUGAUCGGAAUAAUGGUUGGCAGUCGAGUCGUCAACAUCCCGCCCAGCGCCUUGGCCUUCAAUUCAGCCACCGGUGCCGGCACCAUAUUUGAUUCUGGCACUGUUUACACCAGACUAGUCCAACCAGCCUACAUUGCACUAAGAGAUGCAUUCCGAGCAAGGCUUGGCAAUGCAACAAUCACAUCUCUAGGCGGCUUCGACACUUGUUACACAGUCUCGGUCAAAGUGCCAACGAUAACGUUCAUGUUCACCGGCAUGAAUGUGACGCUGCCAUUGGACAACUUCUUGAUCCACAGCAGUUCUGGCAGCACCACCUGCCUGGCCAUGGCAGCAGCCCCGGACAACGUUAACUCGGUGCUGAAUGUUAUAGCAAAUUGGCAACAACAGAACCACAGGGUGCUCUACGACGUGCCCAAUUCGAGGCUUGGCGUGGCCCGCGAACGAUGCUCCUAAUUUCUUUUGAUUUGUCCUUAACUUCCAUGAGUUCUAUGCUAUGGUUUUAGUAAGAAGUUGUAAUGGUGGAGUGUUUUAUGAUGUUUUGUGUUUUAGUAAUUUGGUUGAUUUGUCUGGUGAGUUGUUAUAGUUUGUUUUUUAGUUGGUAUUAGUAGCCUUCUUCAUCGAGGCUGAACUCCUAACUUUUUUUAAAAAAAUAAAAAUCUGAUAGCGUUGUGACU